UCCGGCGGGAUGGACGAAGGCCGGGGACAGGACCACUACGAGGAGCGCCUGCAGGAAGUUUUCAACAGUUUCGACACGAGCGGCUGCGGCUCUCUGAGCUCGGAGGAGCUCUCGGACCUCUGCCGGUCUCUGCACCUGGACGACGCUACGCCGGCUCUGCUCCACAGACUGCUGCAGAACCAGGACCACCUCAGGGUUGACUUUGACCAGUUCAAGGACGCUCUUAUACUGGUCCUGUCGUCGACCAUCGACCCUCCUCCAGCAGAGCACGAAUCCUUCAGAACAUCAGGGGGGUCUCCUGAGAUCCAGCCGAAGUUUGUGAAGGGGGGAAAACGCUACGGUCGGCGCUCCACGCCCGAGUUCAUGGAGCCUGAUCUGUGCGACGUUCCAGCCCUGAACCCGGGCGACGACCUGGACCUGGAGGACAACGAUGACUCGGCUGUUCCCAGGAAGCGUGAGCGCUGGAACGCUCGUGGAUCGAGCUCGGAGGAGUAUGAAGCAGAAGGUCAGAUGCAUCUGUGGAACCCCGACGAACCGAGCGCACCCCGGGGAUCCGCCGCUUCUCUGUCGGGGAGGUUGGAAGAGCGGCUGCGCGAGGCGUGCGACGAGCUGGCCAUCGCGUGGGACGGCCGUGCCGCUCGCGACGACCUGCUGACGCUCUGCGAACAUCUGGACCUGCAGCUGAAUGGAGACGUGCUCCUCAGUCUCAGCAGUGAUGGAGCGUUGAACGUUCAGGAUUUUGUUUCCUUGAUUCUAAACCACAACAAGCCUCCGACGCCGUCGGCCUCCACGCCGUACAGGCAGCUGAAACGCCAGCACUCCACGCAGCCGUUUGACGAGGAAGGCCGCAGGAGCUCGGCGAUGCCCAGCACUAUCGGCGUGCGUCUCUUCUCUUUGCUCGACGAUGGAUCGGGCUUCACUCAGACCGAGUCCAUCCUGGACGUCUGGACAGAGGAGGGGAUCGAAAACAGCGCUGAGAUUCUGCAGGCUUUGAAUUUUGACGUGGAAGGGAAACUGAGUCUCGGUGAUCUAACCGCAGCACUUGAAAAUGAACUACUCGUCACCAAGAACGUCAUUUUCCAAGCAGCACUGGCCAGUUUCAAAGCUGAGAUCAGACAUCUCCGAGAGCGUGUUGACCAAGAAGUCAGAGAGAAAGAAAAAGUCCAGUUUGUCUUGGAGAGAGCCGAGAAGCAGAAAUCUCAGCUCGCCGCGGAGGUGGACGAGCAUCACUCGGCCAUCGAACACACGAAUAACGUCAAUCUCCGGAAGCUGGAGCAGGACUACAAGGAGAAGCUAGCAGCGGUCCGGUCAGAGCUGGUGAAGGAGAUGGAGCAGCUCCAGCAGCAGGCGGUCCUGCAGCGUGAGGAGCUGGGAGCAGAGAUGGAGAAGAUCAGGGAGGACGACGCUCUCCUCCGACACCACCUCUCCGUCUCAGUCAAUGAGAACCGGCGUCUUGAGGUGGACUUACUGGACUGCACUGAGAAACUAGCCGAAGCACGAAGUCACAUGAGCGCCCUGCAGACCAACUUGGAGAACAUCAUGAAGGACAAGUUUGGAGACCUGGAUCCUGGCUCUGCAGACCUCCUGUAUGAAGAACGUGUUCAGCAGCUGCACAGCAGUUAUCAAGUACAGUGCAGGGAACUGCAGGAUCGCAUCGACGAGCUGCAGGCCGAGCUGCAGGGGCUCCGUGUUCUUGAUCGAGCUCAUGAGCCCUGUGGCAAAACUUUAUCUGACGAGCUGGAGAGUAAAAGCCCCGGCACCGAGUCAGACCCAGGUAUUGGUUCUGACGAGGUGCAGCCCUUCAGCAUGAGCCUGGAAGCUGAGAUGAUGCUGGAGCAGCUGAAGGAGCAGCAUCGGCAGGAAAUGGAAGAUUUACGAAACCAGCUUGAAAACGAGAUCAGUGAAUUUGGUCGGAUAGUAGAAAAGCAGAAGACGGCCCACGAAGACCAGAAAGCCGCCUUGAUGCUCCAGCACCAGCAGGAGGUCCAGAUGUUGAAGGAGAGGGUGGCCAGUCUUCAGAGCCAGCUGCAGCAGGCGGUGGAGGAGCACACCUGUCUGGAGGAGAACCAGGUUGCAGAAAGGGAGGAACAGAAGCAGCGAGAAGAGGAAGUGGGGAACCUCAGACAGCAGCUGCUGGAAGCCCACACCCACAUCGCAGACCUGGAGGACCAGCUGAACACCCUGGAAGACCAGCAGGCGGAAACCGAUGAAAACUUUCUCACCGAGAUGGAGGAGCUGAGGAACCAACAUGCCGUGGAGAUGAGAAAACUGAAGGAGGAGCGGGCGGACCUGCUGGAGGCCACGCUGGCCGAGAAGAGAAACGAACUGCAAGAACUAAAGACCGAGUUGGAGAGAGAGAAAGACGUCUUGACAGAACGCCAUCAGAACGCUCUGAAGGUCCAGCUGGAGGAAGCAAAGCAGAAGUUUGAGGAGGAGCGAGAAGAAACAGUGAAAAGCUUAAACGAGCGGUGGCAGAAGGACCGGGAGGAGGAGAACAAUGAGUCUCUGCAGGUGUUGUUGGAGGAGGAGACGCUGAGACUUGUCAGAAAGCAGGAGGAGAAGGAGAAGCAGCUGAGGGAGCAGUGGGAGAGCGAGCGAGCUCAGCUGCAGGAGCAUCACGAGGAGGUCCUGCUCCACAGCAGAGCUGAGGAACGGCUGCAGCUGCAGGAGGAGUUCGAGCUGAGGGAGAACAGGCUGAAGGAGAAGCUCGAGCUGGAGAAGGAGCAGAGAGUAGAGAUGUUGUUGGAGGAGGAGAGGGCCCUCCUCGAGGAGAACCACCGAGAGGCUGUGAAGGAGCUAAUGGAGAAGCACGCCGAGGAGAGGAAGGCACUCGGUGCCGAGUUGACGGAUCUGCGACACGACGUGGCCCAGGAGAGAUCUGCAGCCAGCUGUCUAGCUGAAGAAAACGCCGCCCUCAGGAAAACCAUUGCUGCGCUGAAGGAAGGAGACUUCAAGAAGUUCCAGGAGGAGUUGACACGAACGUUGGAGGACUUGAGAAACGAGAAGUUUGUGGCUCAGCAAGCGGCAGACGACUUAAAAAAACAGAUUUCAGAGUUGAGUUUUCAGAGCCACAGUCUGGAGGACGAGAACGAGAUGCUGACGGAGAAGAACGCCCAGAACGCUGCCGGCAUGGAGAGCAUGCGACAGCAGCUGCUGGAGCUGCUCAAGGAAACCCAGAAGAGGGAGGUGGACCGCGCUGCAGACAGGAAGAAGAUGGCAGCGUGUGUGUCUGCUCUGGAGGCACAGUUAACCAAAGCUUUGGAGGACACUGCACAGCUGGAGAAGAGGAACGUCCAGCUGUCACAGCAGCUCUCUGAGCUCAGGGAGAAGACGUUCCAGGUGGAUUUGAUGGAGAGUCGGCUCGGCCAUCUUGAAGACGAGCGUCGGACAGCGGAGGAGGAGGCUGCAGGCCUGCGCAGCCAGCUGGGCCGAGCUCAGGAGAAGGCGAGGGCUGUGGACGAAAGUCUUCAGGCGGUGAACCGGCAAACGUCUCGUCUGAAGUCGGAGCUGCAGGUUCUGCAGCAGGAGAGGGAUUUCCUGAAACACGAGGUCUCCGUGCUGCACAAACAGCUGCAGAACUCCAGCAGCAAAAACCAUAUUUUGGAGAUGGCCUUGCACUCGAGCGGUUCGCAGAAUCUGAGCAAGAAGCUUUUCAGAGAAGAGCUGUCUCGGCUGAUGGGGCAGGAGCAGCAGCUGCUGAGGCAGGAAAACAGCCGGCUUCAGGCCGAGGUGCACAUCAUCAAGAGCAGCCUCCUCCAGUCCAAAGAGAAGGUCCGUCAGCUCGACGCCACAGUUCUGUUACUGAACAAACACAAGCAGCAGAGCCAGCUAUCGGCUGUGAAAGCCUUGGAAGAGGAGAACGCCUCUCUGAAACAGGAACUGGAGCUGGCUAAGGGCUGUGAAGUUGGACGAGACCAGGCGGACGUGGAGAGUCUUCAGCAAGAGAACGAGGCGCUCAGAGCCCAAAUGGCCCAACUGUCCUCACAGGUUCUGGAGUCGUUUCAGGCUCAGUGGGGCGGUCUUCUGCCUCCCGCACCUCACAGGGUGCAGAGGGGACCACACCGCGGGGAGGAACCAGACCACCUGCAGGCGGAGAGGGAGAGGAAGAUGAGGGUCAUGGAGCAGCGGAUGAAGGAAAUCGAACUGUCGCUGCGUAACGUCAAGCUGCUGCUGAAGGAGAAGGUCGCUCAGCUGAAGGACCAGCUGCACAGGAAUGGCAAAGCAGACGUGCUGAUCAAAGACCUGUACACGGAGAACACUCAGCUGCUGAAAGCUCUGGAGAUUACGGAGCAACGGCAGAAGAUGGCAGAGAAGAAGAACUACCUGCUGGAAGAGAAGAUCUCCAGCCUGAACAAGAUCGUUCGAGAUCUGAACCCGUCAACUCUUCCAGGGUCGUCUUACAACUAUCAGUACCAGUGAUGGAGCUCCUGAAGUACUGGGGAGUACAUAAACAUGUGGUGCACCAAAUACAUUUUAACUGCAGGGGUUCCUGGGGUCCCACCUCA